CCCAAAAAUACUUUUUAUUCUCACUCUUUCUUUCUUUCUUUCUACUUUUUUUUCUUUACUUACAUUAUGGAGUAUUAUAAUUUACUUUUGAAAAAGAUUGAGCAGAUCGAAAAGCCAGAGAAAUAUGGCCCUGUGCUUGGUGCCAUUGCCGCAACAGGUCUUGCUGCUUAUGUUGUCAAGCGUGUGCUUUCCAAGUCCAAGGAUGAUAAAUUUGCCAAAGGUUUGGAAGCUAUUCCUACUCCUAGAGGCGCCAUUCCUUAUCUCGGCCAUAUUCCUUAUAUGGGUGAAAUGCCCGCCCACAAGAUCACCAAAUGGCAUCAAGAGUUAGGCCCUAUCAUCAGAGUCAAGAUGGGUGUUCAAGAUUGGAUUUUUGUCAGUGAGCCUCAAGUUGCUCAUGAACUUUUUGCAACACAAGGUGCUGUGACAUCAGGCCGUCCAUAUAUUACUUUUGGUAAUGGUAUUAGUGGAGAAGGUGACAGAGGUAUUGUGUUUACAGAUUAUGGUAAAAAGUGGAAGAACGCACGUACAGCUAUUUUAAACAUUCUUUCACCCAAGUCUGUUGCGGGAUUUGACACUGUUUUACAACGUGAAGCAGACAACUGUAUUCAUCAUUUGCUGGAACAAACAGAUUUACACGGUAGCGUCAACCCUCUCAUGUUUAUGCGUUGCUCAUCCAUCAAUGUUAUUUUGGCUGCUGGUUACGGUCUCAAGGGCGUUUCUUCCCCCGAGGAUCCUCGUUUCAAGGAAAUCAUUGAGGUUGUCGAACUCGGUCUUCACUACACUAGUGUUGUGGGUGAUUUCAGUUCGUAUUUCCCCAUCUUGUCCUUCUUGGAUGUCAUUUUUAAAAAGGAGCAAAAGAUGAGAGAUUUUUUGCGUGAUUUAAGUAACCCCUUGUUCAACAAGUUACUCAAGCAAGCCCGUGAAAGUGAGCAAGACAGUUUGGUAAAGAAGUUGGAUUUGAUCAAGGAUGAAUACGAGAUUGAUGAGAGAAACCUCAGAGUGAUUAUGAGUGAGGUUUUGAUUGCUGGUGGUGACACAGUGUCAAUUACUACCAGUUGGACAUUUGCCAUCUUGGUGCACCACCCUGAUGUUCAAAAGAAACUUGCCGAUGAAGUCGAUGCUUUUAUCACUAAACAUCAACGUACACCCAACUUUGAAGAUCGUGCCGAAUUCCCUUACUAUAACGCCGUUCAAAAGGAAGCCAUGCGCUACCGUCCUCCCGUCUACUUUGGUGUCCCUCGUAAAUCCAACAGUGAUGUUGUGUACAAGAAUUAUAUUAUUCCUGAGGGAGCUACUAUGGUAACCAAUAUCCAUACUUUACAUAACGACCCCAAUACUUUCCCCGAACCCGACAAAUUCAUGCCCGAGCGUUUCAUGAACGAUACACGAUCCAUGUAUACCUCUGGUAAUGGUAAUGUCAAUGAUCGUGAUCACUUUGUCUUUGGUUGGGGUCGACGUAUCUGCCCUGGUAUCUACUUGGCUGAGAAUGAGCUUUUCAACUCCAUCACACGUGUCAUGGCUCAAACUCGUAUUGAACCUCUUAUUGGACCCAAGGGCGAAAAGAUCUAUCCCGACUUGAACGAUUUCAAGGAUGGCGGCAGUGUCUUAUUGCCGGCUCCGUUCAAGAUCCGUUUUGUCCGACGUGAGGAUCGUGUUGUCAUUGGAAGCAGUCAAACCUAAGGGACGUUAGAGAGUUUUUGGGGGGAUUGAUUUAUCAUAUUAAAAAGCAUAUUUUAUCAUUUU